CAGAAAACUAUAGUGAAACGUAAGCUGAAACAACUUUACUCUAAUCGUCAUUGGAUUUGUAACAAACAUAAAUUCUGAUAUGAAUUAAUUGAAUAAGUCUACUUAUAUGUGAAAAGUGUUGUUACUUCAGAAGUACGUGUUUCAGCUUUGGACAAAAUUCCAGGAUCAGGGAUUGCAGGGUAAAGGGAGAGAAACUGCAAUCUACGGAUCAAGGUUACACUCGAGCCCGUGUGUUAAUCUACGUCAUCCUUUGCCAAGUUUAUCGUGCGUGCGCACACGCGCGUGUUCUCGAUUUCUAGUUGCGAUAUAUAUGUUUACUAUACACAUUUAUCUGGAACUAGCGAAUUAUUCAUUGUCCUAACCUGCAAGACAACGUUACCUGUUGUAUAGGUAUUUCAAAGGACUUAUUAACUAAAUAUUACGAAAUUCUAAGAAAGGUUACUCUAAUCGCAUCACCAUGUAUGUGUACUUUCUUACGUAGAUAAUUGCCUAAAAAUCUAUGCCGUAUCGUUGAGCUAGAUAAUAUUGUAUUACGAUAAAUAUAUCCAUAUAUUGUUAGUGAAUGCCAUGUGCAAUAAAGUUACAUAAUUUGUAAUCGCUUAUGUAAUUUUUUUUUGUUUUAAAUGUCAGUAAUAUGUAUAAGAUGUAUUUAUAUACACGUAUUAUAUGAUAAAGCUUUUAUCACGGGUAUGGAAUGGACCCAACAGAGUAUUGGCUGGAAAACAGGCUGAACAAAAAAUGAUAUCAAUUUUAAAAAAUAAAUUUCCUAAUGCAAAGCUUAUUGAAGUAAAUGAUGUAUCAGGAGGAUGUGGUGCAAUGUUUGAAAUAAACGUUGUUGCUGCCGAAUUUAAAGGGCUGAACACUAUUAAACAACAUCGAAUGAUUAAUGAAGUAAAAAUCUUUAGAAAAGCGCUUAAAAAGGAGAUUAAAGACAUGCAUGGUAUACGAAUAUACACAAGCGUUCCUGAACCAUAGAUGAUUUUUAAUUUUCUGAAGAUUCAUUUUUUAAAUCUACAGUUAUAUGUAUAAAGCAUACACAGACUUGCAUAU